AUGGCAGCCAACAUAAACUUUGAGUUUGAAGUAGAAAAAUCUGUGCCACGGAAGGAAGACAUCUCUGCCGCUGGAAGAUUCACAACCAACUGCAUGAACUGUCACUACACCUGCCAUUAUCCUUGCCCGAUCCGGAGAGAUGAGGGCAAGCGCCGUUGUGUAGCUAUCAAUGCAAAUACGGGAAAAUGCAAUGUCUGUCCCGGCCGCUGCGUGUGGAACAUGCACUUCAAUCAGAAAUACCUGUUUGAAUAUAAAGUAACAAAAGAGAUUAAGUCCUAUGGUGAGUUGAAGCAAAAGUAUGAAGACGCCUCUGGAGAGGCGAUGACCCCAGAGAAGGUGCUUGGAAAUCUCAACCAGGAAUACAAAGAGGCUAAGCAAGCCUUAGAAGACCUCAUCCAGAAAUCAUCUCAAAGCCUCCAGCGCUUGCAUCAAAUUGGGUUGAAGCCCAACCCGCUCUUCACUCAAGAAUACAUUGACCUGCUCAUCAUUUCAGAAGAGCAGGAUCUGGAGCCCGGAUACCAGGAGAGAAUCCAGUUGCUGAAGGAAGUGAGGGAAUCGGCUGAGCUAAGAGAAAACAUUGCAAGCAAGGAGCCUCUGCUGCUGGAGGAGGAGGAUCUGUACAAAUACAGUGAAAUGGAAAGGCAUUCUGCCCUGCAGGCCAGAUUUAGGAAGUUUGUUUGCUUUUGAUGCACAUUGAACCGGGACAGGUAUAAGUAAAAUAUUAAUGGUUCUAGAUUCAGGUAGGUAGCCGUGUUGGUCUGACGCAGUCGAAACAUAUAAAAAAAUUAAAAUUGUGCAGUAGUGCCUUAGAGACCAACUAAGUUUGUUCUUGCUAUAAGCUUUCGUGUGCAUGCACACGAAAAAAGCAAGGGAUAAUAUGCAUGAGACAGGAAUCCAAUAUCUCUAUUAAGACCAGGUCUCUCCAUAGUUUUCAGUAUCACUAAACAGAAAAGCGUGUAGAGACCUGGUCUUAAUAGAGAUACAGUAGUACCUUGGUUUACAACCAUAAUCUGUUCCAGAGGUCCGGUUGUAAAUAAAAACAGGUUGUAACCCAAGGCACACUUUCGCCAAUGGGGCCUUCCCCCCAAAAUUGGUUGUAAUCCAAAAAAAAUUGGUUGUAAUCCAAAAAAGAGACACACACUUCCAGGUUUGACAUGGUUGUAAUCCAAAGCGGUUGUAAUCCAAAGCAGUUGCAAACCAAGGUACCACUGUAUUGGAUUCCUGUCUCAUUAUAUAUGCUAAUCAUCUGCAUACUAUCCAUUGCUUUUUCCUGUAGGACUAAUUGCAAUUGUUAACAGGUUUACCAUACCCAUCGAGUCAAUCACCCAUCUCCUACUACCCUCCUGAGAAAAACCCCACCCCACCCUCCCACUAUAUAUAAUAGUCUGGUGACUUCCGUUUCAGUGUAUCUGAAGAAGUAUGCAUGCACAUGAAACCUUAUACCAAGAACAAACUUAGUUGGUCUCUAAGGUGCUACUGGACAAUUUUUUUAUACGUUAAAUUAUUAUUUAUACGUUAAACCAAUAUGCUGAUGACACUCAGCUCUAUCUGCUGAUGGAUGGCCACACCGGCUCGGCCCCGAACACACUGACCAGAUGCUUGGAAGCUGUGGCUGGAUGGUUUUGUGGGAGCCGAUUGAAACUAAAUCCUUUGAAGACAGAGGUCCUAUGGCUGGGUCAGGAUGGCAUGGGGAUGAGGAACCAACUCCCUUCUCUUGCGGGGGCCCAAUUAGUGCCAUUGCCUUCCGUUAAGAGUUUGGGUGUAAUCCUUGACGCCUCCCUUUCCAUGGAGGCGCAGGUUACAGCAACAGCCAAGGCGACAUUUUUCCACCUUCGCCGCAUCAAGCAGUUGGUCCCUUACCUUUCCCGCCCCGACCUGGCCACAGUGAUCCAUGCGACGGUCAUCUCCAGGCUUGACUACUGUAAUUCGCUCUACGCGGGGCUGCCCUUGAAGCUGACCCAGAAACUCCAGAGGGUGCAGAAUGCUGCAGCGAGGCUCCUCACGGGGUCCUUGUCGUGGGAUCACAUUCACCCAGUGCUUUUCAAACUGCACUGGCUCCCAGUAUACAGGGUCAUAUUUAAGGUGCUGCUUUUGACCUUUAAAGCCCUUCAUGGCCUGGGACCCUCGUACCUACGGGACCGCCUCUCCCGGUACACCCCACGGAGAGCCUCAAGGUCUAUAAAUAGCAACACCCUAGUGGUCCCGGGCCCUAAGGAAGUUAGAUUGGCUUCAACCAGAGCCAGGGCCUUUUCAACUCUGGCUCCGGUCUGGUGGAACGCUCUGCCUCAUGAGACCAGGGCCCUGCAGGAUCUGAUUUCUUUCCGCAGGGCCUGUAAGACAGAGUUGUUCCGCCUGGCCUUUGGCUUGGAGCCAAUUUGAUUCCCUCCCUCUCUUUCUAUUUUUCUUUUCCUUCUCCUCCUGCGAUGAGGCUACAUUUUAAUAUUUUAAUGUUUCAAUAUUUUAAUGCUGUAUUUUAAUUUUGUUUUUAAGUUGUAAUCAUUCAACUUUUUUUUAUUAUUGCUUGUAAGCCACUCUGAGGCCGGCCUUGGCUGGGGAGGGCGGGGUAUUAAUAUAAAUUAUUAUUGUUGUUGUUGUUGUUGUUGUAUAUUGUUGCAGACGGACUCUUGGCUAUCAGCAGUGAGUUCAGGUCCUCUUGAGUGUUAUUCACAUCAUGUUGUGAGUGUGCACAUGGGGGAUUGUGAAACCCUUUUUAACAAAUACUGCAACAGGUUCUCCAUUUUUCUGUUGCUGUAAAUAAAAUGCUUCUCAAACAGUGUUUAGGGCUGUUCAAGCUCCACCCCACCCCAAAUCCAGUUCAACACCCAAUUUGGCAGUUCAGAUCAGGCCACAAUUUGGACUGAAUUGAUUGAGAACCAAAUUGUUUUGACCCUCUGAAUCAAGAUUCUGUGAUUCUGUGAUUUAGAAAUUUGAAUCUUUGGUACUCCCAUUUACUUGCAUUGAGAAACCAAAUACUGUAGCUACUUUCUGUUUCUCUCUCUUUGCUCUUUUCACCAGUUAGCCCCUCAAGAGGGGAUUGUUGCUGCCAAAGGUUAGAAAGUUGGCUCCAGGGGUGUUUGUGUCAGCAAACAAACUUUUAAAAAUACAUGUAUGGGAUUUGAUUUAUUGGGAGAGGAUGGGGGGAAGAUGCCAAAAUACUGUGUUAAGUAUUUUGAAGAGUAAAUUGAAGGCAAGUAAAGAUAGGGUGGAGAUUGACUGUGAAAUGAUGGAAAACAUCAAUAUAUAAACUCUCUUUUUAUCUCUCUAGGGACUGGGCAAGGUACUGAAGGAUAAAACAAGCCGAACAAGCCACCAAACUCUUUUUCUUUUUUUAAAACAUGUAACAAUGAACUUGCAAAAGAGUGAAGGCAGUGGGACUGAACUGGGACUUUUAAGACUUCACCACCCCUCUUCCAAACCAUUGUAUGGAGACUAUUGGUUGAGAUUCUAGCCCCUGGAUUGGAAGCUAGAGCUGUUAAUGAGCAAAGGCAUUAACAUGACAAAAGGAGUUGAUGACCCAUCUGAGAGCCUGGGUCUGAGCAGACAGAGGUUGUCAUGGUGAUGGAGUGUGGGUUCGAAGUGACAGGAAGAGAGAGCUUUUACCAAGGGGUGCUGGGAAGAAGAAGGGGGAGAAAAAAGACUGGGCUCCAUCUUGGGUAGGCUGUCUGCAGGCUGGCUGGGAGAGAUGCCUUGGACUCCAGGGCUGCACUGCUCUGAGGGACAAGCCCCUCUUGAAAUGACCGUGAUGUAACAUCUGGACUCCCUCCAUGCAAACUGAAGGUGUAAAUAGGUGAAUAAAGCAUAUUUUUUAAAGCUACGACAGUCUCUGCCGUGUCUCAAUUCUCCAAAGGAACACAGACCCAGAGUGAGUGCUAGGAAGCCCUGGAAUCUUGCAGAGAGUGGGGGUGGCACCCAACUUUUGUAACAAUACAAAGUGCUUUGUAUGUCAGCUUCACCAUUUCCUUCAUUUGGUGCAGGUAUUUCAUUUUCAGUAUAAACAGGACUUCAUUUUCAUAGCUCAUUGUAUGCCACAAUGUCCUUUUUGUGUAUUAAUGUGAUGUAAACAUGAAUGUUAUCCUCUUGACACACACAUACAGAACACACAUAUUAUAAACAAGCAAUACUCCAGUUCUUAUCUUGCAAACCUGCCGUUUAAAUUGUUUAAUCAUGGCAAUGGCUCAGCUAUGAACUCAAAAAUCUGGGAUCCCCUCUAAACCAGUUGAACUCAAAAAUCUGGGAUCCCCUCUAAACCAGUUGAACUCAAAAAUCUGGGAUCCCCUCUAAACCAGUGCCAAUGUUUUACAGUUGUUUUGCAACAUUUUGCAGUGCCCCACAGAGUACAGUGUUACCUUGGGUUAAGUACUCAAUUCAUUCCGGAGGUCCAUUCUUAAUCUGAAACUGUUCUUAACCUGAAGCACCACUUUAGCUAAUGGGGCCUCCUGCUGCCGCUGCGCCGCUGGAGCACAAUUUCUGUUCUCAUUCUGAAGCAAAGUUCUUAACUUGAAGCACUAUUUCUGGGUUAGCGGAGUCUGUAACCUGAAGCGUAUGUAACCUGAAGCGUAUGUAACCUGAGGUACCACUGUAAUUGAUAUAGGAAACCUGGGGUUGUAGUUAAUGUCCCCAAAUGCGACAUUGUCCAAUUCACUCCAAACAAGUGUCAAACUUUGGCAAACAGUUUGCAGUGAAAAUCCUGUGGUUUGCAACGCCCCACAAACAGAGUGAUACACACUCUAAGCUGGGAGUCAAAAGCUCACCAAAAACCAAACAUUGUCUAAUUCACUCUAAACCAACGCCAAACUUUGGCAAACGUUUUGCAAUGUCUUGCAGCAAAACCCCUGCAUUUUGUAGCACCCCACCAACAGAGCAAUAGUCCCUCAAAGGGGGGGGGGCUGGUCAAAAGGUCACAAAAAAACCAAUGUUCUCUGAUUCAAUCCAAACCGGUGCCAAACUUUGGCAAACGUUUUGCAGCGAAACCCCCAUGGUUUGCAACACCCCACAAAAAGAGUAAUGCCCACUCUGCCACAGGCCGAGUGCUCUGUUUGUGGGGCACCUCAAAACACGGGGUGUUCGCCACAAAACACUGCUGCAGACCUUUCGUUGGUGUUUAGCUCCACUUCAGAGUGAAUUGGAUGAUGUCGGGUUUUCAGCAACCUCGUGACACACACACACCCGACUUAUGGUGCUGAUUGCUCCACUUUUAGGGCGUUGCAAAGCAUGGGGUUUUUGCUGUGAAAAGCUAUCGCAGACCUUUUGUCAACGUCUUGUACUGCUUUGGAGUGAAUCGAAUGACGUCGGGUUUUGGGUGGCCCCGUGACCCCAUGGAUUAGGGUGCCAAUUGCUUAGGGCUGCCAUACAUUUUUCGUGACCCCGCCAUCUUACAUUGACUCCACUUAUCUGAGCAGUGUGAAGUUCCAGGGUGCACUACUGCCUACACAUAGAGCUUAGGUUUCUUUGGUGGAAUGCUAUGGCAUUUUGCAAUAUUUGAGUUCAUAUUUAUAUAGUGGAAGCAUUCAAACACACUGCCCCUGGAGUCCCACCCCAGGCAGCCUGUUCAGAAGCUACUGAAAGGUCCAGGAGAACUAAGACCAUCAUAGUCCUCCUCCAAGCCUUAGCCAACCAGCAGAGUGACCAUAUCUGACCAUGCCAAGUCUGGGUCAGAAACCAAUUUAAAAUAAAUCUAGUCCAGUGCACUCUAAAUAUCUUGAGAAUUAAACAGCCAGAACUCACUCAGAAAUCUUACCCCCAAACUGUACAGUGGCAUGGCAGGGGUGAUGGGGUGAUGGGGUGGGGAGCAUCAACUGUGCCAUUCUGGGGGUGGGCACCGUGCACAGGUUAGGGCGGGGUUAAGUGGCACUGGCAAGCCACCACCUUGCUCCCCACCUUGCCUGGAGGACAGCACUUCUGCUCCCGCCCCACCUCAUGCGCUGCCACUGCUGAAGAAAAUGUGUGACUGGCGGACAUCUGGAAGCAUUCCUUGUGUCCAAGGACUUUGUUCAGAAUAGUCUCACAACUGCCACAUUUAGGGAAACCAGGAACACUCCUCCUAGGCACAGGCAUUCAUCCCUCCACAGAUACUCCUGUGAUACUCCACGUGAACGGACAAUCCUAACCAUUGCAAAAGGAGACGCUGCAUUUACAGUUGGCAAGAAGGACGACUUCCUCUUUCAGACCCUUGCUCCAUGUUAGACCCUCUGAACGCCUGUGACCAUCACCACCCCUUUCAGAUUCAGAUUCAGAAUAACUCGGUCGCAGAGGCCACAUCCCCUUUCCAGUGUGCCUUGUACAAUAAUGAAAAUAAAGACCUUUGCAAAAUCUGCUCAGAUGAGGAAGAAAAUUGAGAGGUUCCAGGAACCGGUCCUCCAGAUCAGCAUUUCAUGGAAACCCGCUUCUUUCUCCAGAGCUGAUACAGGCUUCAUCCUACAGUUCAGAGCAACAGAAAUGUCUGGAGGGACCUUAAGAACAUAACAUUUAAAAUAUCCACUACGUGUCAGUCCCGCAAUGUAAUAUGUGCCUUUAAUACGAUUGCCCUUGUUGUGGUGCUAGGGACACGGGUGGCGCUGUGGGUAAAACCUCAGUGCCUAGGACUUGCUGAUUGUAAGGUCGGCGGUUCGAAUCCCUGCAGCGGGGUGAGCUCCCGCCGUUCGGUCCCAGCUCCUGCCCGCCUAGCAGUUCAAAAGCACCCCUAAGUGCAAGUAGAGAAAUAGGGAAGGUAAACGGCGUUUCCGUGCGCUGUGCUGGUGCUGGCUCACCAGUGCAGCCUUGUCACGCUGGCCACGUGACCCGCAAGUGUCUUCGGACAGCGCCGGCUCCCGGCCUCUUAAGCGAGAUGAGCGCGCAACCCUAGAGUUGGUCACGACUGGCCCGUACGGGCAGGGGUACCUUUACCUUUAACCUUUAAGGUUUUCCCAGAUAAAGCAGCAAAGCAAAAUGAAUAACGGCUCGGUCCUCCGCCUAGAAAGUGUGGAAGUGUACUUGGAAGAGGGACGAGAGACCUACCAAAUGUAGCAAUUCCCUGAUACAGGAAAUGUCUCUAUGUACUGCUUCAAUGGGAAAACUUUAGAAAUUCAUAUAAAAUCACUCCAGUGACACAUUUACACCAUUCCAAUCUUGUUCUACUCAGAAGGAAAAUGGCUAUCAGAGGAGAAUCUUGGGACCAUGGGUAGGGGCAGCCAUAAUUCCUGAAACGUGAGACCACGUACCCAGCAGGCCCCACUGCCUGGGUGAUAAUUUCUGGCAUCCUGGUAGUCAUUCCAAGAACGAUUGCAAACCCAACCUCAGUGGAUUGGGGUCUCCUUCAAGACAAAGGGUGUGCUGAACUUGGCUGGGAAAACAGAAAAUGUAAAUACUUUUGUUUCACCAAAAGAUUGGAAGGUGAAGGUCAGGUGAGGGACAGGGCAAGCCUGGUGCUCAGGUUUCUGCCAGAAGACCCCUCCCAAUUUAGGACAUAGUCAUGACAAAUGUAUGAUGUUUUAUGGGAAACUCUGGGAAAUUUAUAAAAAAAGUGGAGCCAUCCUUUGUUUGGGGCUUCCCUCUGCUUCUUCCAUGUGGUAGUUUGAAGUCUUGUUGCAACAAUAAAGAUCAGGCCUCCUGUUUUGCUUCAAUCUCCUGGCUGGAGUCUCUUGCUUGUGACCCCCAACCUGAACCUAUGGGAGCCACAGUUAGGCGAUUAUGGGGUGCUCCAAGGACUCCCUUAUACAGGCCCCAAAUUUCACUCAGCCAUUUUUUUACCACAAGAAGCCACUGGGAGGCCAGACUGGGGGACCUGGUUUUAAAUCAACCCCUAACAGAAUCCCUUGCAAGGCCUUCUCUUAUCACUUCACGAGGCAUCAGGCCUUGAAGAAAAUACAUCGCUCACUGGGGACUCUUGGCCUCUCCUCCAACAUUUCUCCCAUGGAAAGAGAAUUUGCUUCAGGAAAGGAAAGGCUGAAACCGGACCUGCUAGGCCCCUCAGUGAAGGGGUACAGUUAGGGUUACCCCAGAAAGCCCUAAAAACUGUUUGUGAAUUCCCCACCCCCACCCCAGCCAGGCCUCGGCGUACGCAUUUUAAAACUGCAUAUUCCUCUAAGACAAAAAGCACGAGCUAAGCAGUCCUCUCUGCAACAAAAACGCUGUAGCAAACCUACAGCUGAGAACAGUGAAGCUUUUCGCUUCCCAGAUCCAAGAUAACCUUGUCCUGGUACAUUGACUUGCAACAUACUUCCGGGAGAAGAGCCAGAGAACGAAAAGCAACAUUUCUAUGUAAGAAUCUGUGAAGGGGGAGAGGAAAAAAGGAUAAAAGCUGCUUGCAAAAUGUUUUCAGUGCGGCCUGUCUUUUGUGAACUGAAUCACACAGGUGCCUCUGCCCCCCCCCCCCCAUGGCAGAAUAAACGCUCUUUCUCUGGAUUAACCCCUUGGUGUCGUUUGGCUCCUUUUGUCUCUGCUCGGGUGCAACAAUUAUUCCUACCCAUGGAUUAAAAAGGCUUCAUGUUUCUGGCGCAUCGGGCCGGGAAAAAGCACGUUCCCCGAGAUCGAGGGACAAAGAGGUCCAGGGCGUCACUGCAAGGCGAGCAGCUCGGGAUCCCGGGUCAACAGUUCCAGCGCACAUCCUGCCAACUUCGUGGGAGGGACUGGGCACCCGUUCCUGAGUGGACACGCGACAAGUGACGGAGAGAAAGAGCAACGGCCGUGCAGAAAGAAGGUACCUCGAGGAACAAGGUAGGCUUGGGAGCAAGAGAGUUUGAUCAACUCCGCCAGCAGGGUAGAAGAAGUGCCACUGGUUUUGGUGUCGCCCAGAAAAAGCAGCAAAGGGUCUGCUGGGCACCGGUCAAAGUCUAAGCGCUGCCGGUUGUGGUUGUGGUUGGUUUUGGUAAAAACGGGAUUGAGGGAGGUGCAUGGGUUUCUGAAUGUGCGUGUGGGGACACUCCAGCGAAUGUUUUGAGUGUGUGAGACGUUGGAAGCAACGUCUGGCCUGUGACUGAGUGGGAAAAAAAUAACGUUAGGAGGGCUGAGUGUCCCAGUGUCCCCAGGAUCCCAGAGUCAUGGGAAAUAAAAGCAGUAAAACAAUUCUUGAGACACCACUACAGAGCUUUCUGGAAAACUGGAAAAGUGCCACGAAAGCAGAAGAAAAAAAGGCAGACUCCAACAUUUAUGUGAAGUUGACUGGCCUUCGUAUUUACCAGAAUGGGCUCCUGGAGGAUCCUUUGAUCCAAACUUGGUCAACAUUUUAUGGAGUAACAUUUUCAAGGCCCACACAGAUCAGAGUCCCUAUAUUUCUAUCUGGAAAGCCAAUGUGGAUCAAAAUCCCUCAUGGCUUCGGAAAAAUAGAAUUGUGACUGCCCAAGUCAAACUGUGUUCAGUACAAUUACAAGUUAAGAAGCCACCAGUUUUGCCAGUCCUGGAAGAGGAGAUAAUUACCCCCCCCCCCCCCCACCAUAUGCAGCAACUGCGCCAAGGCAACCAAAUCUGGGAGCAAAUAGGGCUGCUUCUCCGCCCAAAGCCCAGACUGAGGACCCAAAUGAGAAGAUUCCCCCCUCUGCCCCUCCCCAACCCCCAUGUGAUGCAAGCAAGGAAGGUGAAGAGAAAGGUGAUGAUGAGGAGGAGGAGGACUUCAGGAAAACUCUAGAUAAAGAGAUAAGAUGGACUAGUAAGCAGUCUGACAGAGUGUUCCAGUAUGUAGAACCGUUUAAAGCAGAACUGGAUGUGGCCCCCUGGGUUCUAGAAGCAGCCCAGUGCCAGGAUGAGAAUUGGAGAAAAAAGCAAAAGGUUUUGAGAACAGCGUGGGACAGGGCAACAAAACCUGUAGAGACACUUAAAUCUAAGGCUUUGUCCCAACCCCCUGUGGUGGCCCCUCUCCGGCAAGUGCAUGAUCCUUUGGAACAGCCAAAUGGUCAGGGCGUUAGACCCCCAAGGACCUUUACCAUUCAGCAUGUCCCUUUUACAAGCUCCGAUAUUUGCAAUUGGAAAAAUCAAAAUCCUUUUGAGGAAAAUCCUGCAAAAAUAAUUAGACUUUUUGAAGGUGUGUUCAAAACCUAUAUGCCUACGGUUAUUAUUUCUGAAUUGAGGAAAUGAAUUUGGAUAUUUUUUAGCGUUCUUUCUCCUCCUAUAUUGAGGGGCACAGUAAUGCCCCCCCCCCGUGUCUCCUGAGGGAAGGCAGAGUUAGUCACGAAUGGGAGAGAGGAGCCCCACACAAUGCUCUGACACAGCCAGACCUCCAACAGAUUUUUAAAUAUCUAUUAUAUAUCUAAUAAUGCCAGAUCAUCCUGGAGUCAGAGGAAAGCCAAGGGCGGAUCUGAGGAUCCACCACAGCUCACAAACCUAUUUAAGGGGGAUACGGGGCUUGGUUGCCCCAUAUUCUCCUGUGCCGACUCCGUCUCGGGAGCCUGUACAAUGGGAGAGGGGUGCAGGCAGGAAGUGGGGGGCGACCCCCGUUAGAACCGCAAUAUCCACCUUGUGAUGGGCAUUGUGCCCAAGGCCAAGUCAGCAGAGUUCAGGGUGGAGUGAGCGGUGGGGGGCAUCCCCCCCCCGGAGGGUCCCCUCUGCCCUCCCCACCAUUCUUAUGGCACUGCUCUGCAGGCCAAAUCCUGCCACUGUUCUUCGUAAGGCCAUGGCCAGGCGGGAGCAUCCCCUCAGCCUCCUCUUCUCUCCCCUCAGCCUGGGGCCACACGACAGGCAAUGCGCCCCCAGGCUCCAUUUUGUGAGGCCGGCAUGGUGGGGGAAACAGCCUCCCUCCGCUUGCCAGGAAGGGCCACUUUGGGGAGUGGGCUUGGGGGUUCCUGACUCCUCUGUGGAAGCCCCUCUGGAAAAGCCUUCCCCGACAGGGCAGCCAUUUUGGUGCAGCAUCAAUUCAGCCCCACACUUCUGAUGCGUGAAAUGGCGACCAGAGCCAAGAGGGCGCUGAGGGGGGCAGGAAUACGUGCCCCAAAUAGGCCGAGUUUUCCUCCUCCUGUCCCUUGAUGACAGUGAUAUUAAGUCCCUUCACCCGGAGCUUUUCAGCUUCAUAAAAAGGGUGCUAGUCAGGGAUCUGAGAGAUUGCACCGAACGCUCAGAAGGGAUAUUAUGAAAAGUGAAAGGCAGCGUAUCUCCUUCCUCAUCGCUUUUACAGGCUCAGAGUCCCAAGAAUUAAGGAGUGGUGCUCUUGAGUUUUGUGCAAAGGCUGCAGGAUGGACAGAAAUCGCUGAACAAACAUUGUUAACCUAGAAGCUGGCUGUGCAAGUUUCUCUCCCCCCUCAGAAGCAAAAGGAGUGUAUUGCCCUAAGCAGUUUUGAAGGGGUGCAGUUAGGGUUACCCUAAAAACUGUCUGUGAAUUCUCCCCCCAGCCAGGCCUCAAAAGCCUCGCCUCGAGCAUUUUAAAACUGCAUUUUCCUCUAAGACAAAAUGCAUUAGCCAAGCACUCCGCGCUUGCUGUAACUAAAAAAAAGAUUGCAACCAGGUAGAGAACAGAGCCCCUUGUCUUCUCAGGCCUUUCUCAGAGCCUUUGGCCUUGCUAAAGAACCACCUUGCAACUUGCUUUCUGUCCGGGAACCAUGCCAGAGCACCAGAAUGAAACAACGGGAACACUCUGAAAACCCUCUCACCCCCUUCCUGGGAAAAGUCCAAAAAUGGUCCCAAGACAGCUUUCUGUUCAUGCUCAGAGGAACUCCUGGGCAGGACUCUUGAAGAAGGGGGGAACUAGAAAGGGGGAUAUAAACUCUGUGCAAUGCCUUUGAACUUCGUGCUUGUUUGUGACUUAUCACACUUGCUCCUCUGCCCACCCGGGAUGGCAGAAUAAAGCGCUUUCUCUGGAUUUAACCCCUUGGUGUCGUUUGGCUCCUUUUCGUCCCAGCUCGGGUGCAACAUUUUUCCUACCCAUGGUUUAAAGGGCCUAAAAAGGCUACAGUUUGAGGACUGGUUCUGAGGAGAAUUUUAGACGCUUUCCCCUCAGAAACAGCUAGGAUUUUCCAGCUCUUUUUCUUGAGGCCACCAGAACAGCAGGUUCAAAAUGUUUCCCUCCAGCAUCGGAGGAGCCUUUGGCCAGUCAAAUAAAUAAGAUUUGUGAGGGGAGUUCAUCAUGAGGAGUUCAAAAGCCCUGGGGCAGGCGGGGGGGAUUUUGGGCGCAAAAGAUGCUGCCAAACUGCAACUCCCACCGGCCCCAGCUAGCCUGGCCAAAGCGCCUGGUGGUGGGAGUUGUAGUUCAGCAGCCUCAGGAGGGGCAAAGGUUCCCCACGCCUGCCUGAGGGGACAGCCCCAUCACAUUUAUACCGGGAGGCAAAUUCCUGUCAGCUCUUCCACCCCCUGAAUACACAGAAUUUCCUCCUUCAUCUGUGAGGGGUUUGGCGGGUUCCCCCAGAGCAUGGCCCUGCUGCCCCCACAGUGCAUAAAAAUGGAAGAUAAUAUUUAUUAUCACUGUUGUUUGUAUAUUGCCCUUCACCCAAACAUCUCAGGGCAGUUCUGCCGGGGUCGACUGCUUUUGCUCCAGAAGGCUUCAUCUCUCCUAAUCUCAUAUAAAUUGAGGCUGGUUGUGGCUCAGUAUAUAUGAUGUCGAGGGAAACCUUCCUCUACCGCCAAGAGCCCACAUGUCUGAGGCCAAGAUGGAGGCCCUGCUGACAACCUCUUUCCCAAAAGCCCCGGGGGAAGAACAGAUCCCCCGUGAUGUCAAUCCCUGCUGUAUGAAGCCAACCGGCUUCCAUGGAUCCAUUUUGGGUCCGGAUACCAGGAAAGGGAGGGUUGUGCAACUAAGGACCUUGAUUCUGCAUGGAUCCGACUUGUGGGGAGGCCGAUGGAGGGGGUUGGACUAGAUGGCCCUUGGGGUCCCUUCCAACUCUGCGAUGCACUGCUGAAGAGCCUUUUUGGAGUGAAAUGCUGACGAGUGGAAACGGCUUCCACUAUCUCGCAACUUCCUUCUCCCCCUGAAAGUGAUCCUUGUCCCCUUGCACCUUGUGACUCCCAAAUAGAUAAAAGGAGAAGUGGCCUCUGUGACCGAAACAGACUUGUGCUUUAAGAGGGGACCAACGCAAGUCGAGACAAACUCAAGCAAGAGAGCCACUUGGAGGCAAGAUUCAUCCGUUUUCCACGUUUCUGGUAAGACGCGUUUGCACAUUAGAAGUUGUCGCGGCUUCUUUUGUUGUCAAAGGCUUCUUUUGCAUGGCUGCUGCAAACCGUUCCAGCUGGCAUAUUGCAGAGGGGACUUGGUGACGGGGAUCUUGCGCUGAUGAUGCCCUCGCCUCCUGCUCUCUGGCUCUUUGGAAAGGCCACCAAUCCAUCCUGAUUUGGCCCAGACUUGGAGCAAAGGAAUGAAGGCUGCAGCGCAAGGCUCUCCUGGGCUUUGGGGUGGGACUAGGGGGACCCCUGCCCUGACUCAGGAUAUGGCACCUUCCUAAGAUGCUGAGCACCUCUGCUGCUGCCAGUUGCUUCCUUGCAGGAGGGAGGGGGCAGGCGGCUGUGGACCAUCUGGGCUAUUGCAUCCUGGACAUUUCUGUGUGUUCCCUUGGUUUGUUUUACCAGUCUCCAUCAAUUAAUGAGAAAAGUAUUUCAGUCAUUGAUGGCAUCCCCCAUUGUUUAUUCUUCUCUGCUCUCUGCCCCUUUCUCCUAUUUUAAGACUGCCACAUGUGUGAGAUUGCUCUUAAUCCUCGCAAUUUGAGGGAGAACUGCAUCAGAUGUCUUUCUCUCCCUCUCUCCCUCUCUGCCCUACCUUUCCUUUUGCCUCAUCUUGGGGGAAAGCUGGGGGUGUCAAGAGAAACUGAGGGAUCUUCAAAGGGUUGGCAUCCUGCCCACUUUCUGCAAGCACAAUCAGAGCAUAGGUGGAACUCAGCUCCAACUCCAGUUCUGCUAUCUCACACCUUUGGCUUUUCCCCACUCUUAUAGGAGGAAUCUUCCCUCCUUGCAAAGUGAUGGAAUGAAAGGUCUGCUGCCCAGGAAGAGAGGCUGAGAGCAGGUGGCAAAUUGCAGAACCCAUUUCCUUGUCAGAUCUGUUGUGCUGCUGAAAUGUGUACUGCCUUGAACUCUGUUUAACUGAGGUGAUGAGAGUAGGCAUUAAUGCUUAUUUUUCUAAUCUAGCAAGAAUCAAACUUCCUAUGAGUGAAUACAAAAAUGUCGAUCAUAAACAAGGUUAAUAUAGAAUACAUUAAAAAAAAUUCAUAAUGAAUAUAGAAUACAUACAAGACAGCAGGGCAUACAUUGAACAUGUAGACAAGGUUUAUAGUGAUUGCAGCUAAAGGCAGCAAGCUUGAAAUCUCCUUAGCAGAUUUUGUGAGCACAGGCAAAGUCUUGGCAUUUAACCAGGGUUUGUGUUUGUUGACUUGGACAGAUGACACUGAACUGGGAAGGGUAGUUAAUACUGAAGAAGAGAGAUUCAAUAUUCAAUAUGACUGUAACAGACUAAAGAACUGGGGCAAGACUAACAACACUGAUUUCAAUGGGGAUAAAAUGUCAGAUUCUGCACUUAGAAGUAAUAAACAGAUGCACAAAUAUAAGAUGGGGAUACCUGGCUUGCUGGCAGAAUAUGUAGAAAGGAUCCAGGGGUCUUAGUAGACCACAAGCUUAAAAUGAGUCAACAGUGAGUUGUAAGGAAGGUUUCUCCCCAGCCAGAGCCUUUCCCAGAAAGGGAGAGAUUUCCUUUCCCCAGUGUAAAUACAUCCCACCCUACAACUGGUUAGGGUUUUCUGGUCAGGGGUGUGUGUUAUAUGUUGGAGAAAACAAUAAUUUCAUAAAUCAGCUAAACUGAAAAGGUCUCUACCUGCCUUUUACAGUACAGAACUAGCUGCUUUUAAGGACUGCAUGUAGUGAACGUCCGUUCCAGAACACUGAAAAGAAUAAAUUGUUAUGGGCUCUAUGGUGGGCACCGUAUGCCUGAAAAGAGAAUCGGCUAGACAGGGCAAUUGGGAUUAAUCUUGAAUUGUUUUGCAGACAGAUGGGAAAGGGUAUUGGGAGACAUUUAAUGAACAGGAAACCUAGUCAAAGUCUUAAUAAAGACCCUGGAAAUGGUUAAAUGUAAACGGAUGCUUUAGCUGAGAUUCCUGCAUUGCAGGGGGUUGGACUAGAUUACUCUAGGGGGUCCCUUCCAACACACCUGGAGUACUUUGUAAGGUUCAGGGCGCCACAGUUUAAGAAAGAUACUGACAAGCUGGAACGUGUGCUGGGGCAGGAGACCAAGAUGAUGAAGGGUCAGGAAACCAAGCUUUUGGGGGGAGUGGUUGGGGGAGUUGGGUAUGGUUAGCCUGGAGAAGAGAAGACUGAGACAUGAUAUGAGAGCCAUCUUGAAAUACCUGAAGGGCUGACACAGGGAAGAUGGAACAGGCUCUUUGCUGCUGGUCCAGGGGGCAGGACCUGAACCAAUGGAUUCAAAUGUCAAUGAAUGACUUUCCAGCUGAUGGUAGAAGCUGUUCUACUGUGAAACAGACUCCCACAAGGGGUGGUGGAGGUUUUCUUGGAGGUUUUCAAGCAGAGGUUGGAUGGCCACCAGGGAUUCUUCAGCUGUGUGUUGUAGGAGGUGGGACUAGAUGACCUUUGGGUGUGCCUUCCAACUCUACAGUUCUGUGUUCCUCUACAAAAGAUUUUCUUUUUUAAAAUAUAUUUUUAUUAAAGAUUUUCUUUAUUUACAAAAGUAUGUGCAAUGUCUCUCUCUCAUAUUUUUUUCCCAUGUAACAUUUUUCUUUUUACAAAUCAGUUUCAUUUGUUGAGAGAUUAGGAAGAAUAGGAGGAAAGAGGCUGAGGGGGGAAAGGUGAGUGGGGGUGGGGUGGGGUGGUGAUGUUUCUAUUUUACUUAAUAUAUGUGGGGUUUUGUGUCAGCGUUGCUUGUGCAGGUUCUCUGCUAUUCACUUGUGUUCCUUUGGGGGUGAGAGAGGUUGGGGUUGGCCCGGGGUGUGGCUGUUCAUUUGUGGUUGGCCGUGGUGAUUUUUGUUUCCAUGUAUGAGUGGGGUGGGCGGGUGUUUUGGAUCAGGUUAGCCAUAUUGAUUUGUAUGCUGUUGGUAGAUUUUUGUCAUUGUCUUGUUGGGCUGUGUAUGUGAUAAAGGGGAGCCAUACCGGGGUGAAGGCGUCUUCUUCUAUUUGUCCCCCUGUCAGUUUCAGUUUAUUGGCAAAUUUUUCUAGUUUCCCAUACUAUUUGGUACCUUGGUCCAUGCUUACUCCUGACAGGUCUCUCCAGUGUCUGGUUAUUAUGUUUCUGGCUGCUGAGAGUAGGUGCGUUAUGAGUUCUUUGUGGUGUAAGUGGGCAUUCUUGUCUUGGAAGCUGUUUAGUAGGGCCAAUUCUGGGGUGAUUUCUAAUACUUGCUUGGUUAUUUUACAUAUUUAUCGUAUGGCUGUUGUCCAGAAUAGUUGGAUUUUGGGACACUCCAACCACAUGUGGAGAUAUGUGCCUGUAGAGGUGACCCUCUCCAGCAUUUUGGUGAGGUUCCUGGGCGUAUUAGCGCUAGUUUUCUUGGAGUUAGGUACCACCUGCAGGUGAUUUUCAGAGUGAGUUCUUUUUUGUUUUCUUUUUUGAUAUGGAUUUUAAGGGGGGUUUAGACCACAUUAUGGUCCAUUGAGUGGGGUUAAUCUCAUAGCCUAUGUCAUUCUCCCAUUGUUUUUUGAUUGUAUCUAGGGAGUUUGUGAGAUUUUGGAGUAGUAUUUUGUAUAUUGCGGAUACCAUCCCUUUACCGUGUUAUUUGGCUCCCAUUGUGCCAUGAACUUCUUGGUGCAGCACAAGGAGUAAUAUAAGAGAGCAGCAACUUCCAUUUCAGCUUGUAUUCAUCACGAUCAGCGCUGCUUCCACUGCAGUUUGUUUCUGCCAAAUACUACUUUGUGUAUCUCGCUGUUAGCUAUGGCAGCAUCAUUCAUGAUUCCUGCCAUAAUUAUUGUUGUUAUGUGAUUUGGCUGGCUGCAUGUAUGAGUUCCCCACUUUGAUAGCCUCCUUGAAUACUGUGCCAGAUAGUUGGGGUUUAAAACUGGUGGUGGUAGAAUAUUUCUCUACCAUCCGAAAUGUUCUCAGGAGGCACAAUUCUCAGCCAAACGGAAAUUCAGUGUAGGAAGCACCCAGUGGUUGUCCAUGGAAAAUAUUGAUCUUCCCUUCCAGCUCCUGUGACCCCUUGUGCCCACCCAAACCCUUUCCAGAGGGCCUGGAUAGUGUAGUGUCUGCCAUACAGGGCUGCAGUGGGAUUCCCCUGACUUUGGGCCUAGGAAUCCUGUCCAAGCAGAGCCCCCAUUGGCACAUGAUCCCUUUGCCCAGUUUCAGGGUGAUUUCCCCUCCCUCUGCAGUUCUGUGUGACACAGUCCCCUUUGUUCAGGGAUCACUGGAUAGAGUUUUCAGCUGCUACAGGGGACUGUGGAUGGGAGGGAAGCAAGAAGAAGAUCAGUUGCACAAGCUUUCUUGAACACGUGCAACUAUUGCAUACAAACGUCUAACCCCCCCCCCAUGAUGUGACACUCCCCCCUCCCUUUUGGGGGGGCCUUGACGGCAUGUUAGCAUCCCUCUUUGGAUGGUAGUGCUAAUCUUCCUCUUUUCCCCACACACUUUGCAUGCCGAAUAAUCUUUCCAGAGUCCUUCACAUCUCUUGUUUCUUGCAGGGAGGUGA